AGCAGCGGCGGCGGCGGUUGCCAGGAGCCCGCGUUGCCGCCUGAGACCCGUAAUAUGGCGGGGAGGAGGAGGAGAAGGCGGCGGCGGACCGAGCUGCUCUCUGUCUGUACCGAUUGAGCCGUUGGCUUCCUCACAAGGCCCGGGGCGAGGGGAGAAAACCUGCCCGGGCCGUGGGAGAUCAGAUAAGGAGACCGUAUAGACUGCAUAGAGAUGCGCUUUUAUCAAAUGCCGACUGUGUGCUGACAGUGUUCUGUGUGAUGGGGCUUCAGUGGUGAGCAAGACUGAGAAAGUACCUGUGCUUAUGGAGCUUACGUUUUGGUGGAGGAAGACAGGCGAAAACCAAGGAAAUAAGAUAAUUUCAGAUAGUGGAAACAAUGCCAGACAUAAUGCUAUGGAAACAAGCAAUCAAAUAUUUCAUGCUUCCUAGACGAAUGAAUAUGCUGCCUAAUCCUUCCUGGUUACCUUGUAUUUUCAUAGCCACCCUCACAAUUUUUCAGAAAUUGUGCAAUUCCUGGGCUGAUUGUUUUAAGUAGUUUCGUGAUAGUUCCAAUUUUCAACAAUAAAAUGGAAUUAAUACCAGAGCCAAUAGAUGUUCUAUUUUCUACCCCUGACUGAUUUGGCUAGUGACCAUGGAGUAGAAAAGAAAUUCUUAAGAUAUUGUGAUUGUGGGAAGAUGGAGGAGUAUGAGAAGUUCUGUGAGAAAAGUCUUGCCAGAAUCCAAGAAGCAUCACUGUCCACAGAGAGUUUUCUACCUGUCCAGUCUGAAAGCAUCUCGCUUAUUCGCUUCCAUGGAGUGGCUGUGCUUUCUCCACUGCUUAACGUUGAGAAAAGAAAGGAAAUGCAACAAGAAAAGCAGAAAGCACUUGAUGUAGAAGCGAGAAAGCAGGUUAAUAGGAAGAAAGCUUUAUUGACUCGUGUCCAGGAGAUUCUUGAAAAUGUUCAGGUUAGAAAAGCACCUAAUGUGAGUGAUUUUGAUCAGUGGGACACUGAAACAGUUUACUGUAAUUCAGAAGUCAGAAACUUGAGUGUUCCUGCUACAUUUCCAACUAUCUUGCCAAGCCCUACUGAACACUCUGCUUUAGCAAAAUUUGAAAAGAUAACUGGAAUUUUGCCACUGAAUAAUGAAGACCAAUUUAAAUCUAAUGGGAUAGACUUAGCUAGGGACUCAGGAGAAUUUACUUCUCUGAAGCAAUGCAAUAGUUCAAAUAUUAGCUGCACAGAAAACGAAGCUUCUCUAAAGACCUCCUCAGCAACCCUACAAGAGACUCUUAUUUCUGAUGGUCUCUUCCCAACAAAUGAAGAACAGGAUCCAUCACUUUUGGAAGAAGUUACUCCAGAUCCCUACAUAAUGAGUCUUCAGAACCUGAUGAAAAAGUCAAAGGAAUAUAUAGAAAGAGAACAAUCUAUACGCAGUCUGAGAAGUAAUGCAAAGAGGAGUGUUAACGAGAGUCAUUCGGACAAAGAAAAUGAUGCUGUCAGAGUGACUGACAGCGUAAAGGACAAUGCCCAGCUGCUAGGCAAACACUGUGGUUCAGUUAUUCCUGACAAACCAAGCCUUAAUAAAUCAAAUGUUCUUCUCCAAGGUGCUUCCACUCAAGCAAGCAGCAUGAGUAUGUCAGCUUUAGGUAGCUUUUCUAAAGUGGAUAUACCUAUCCGAACUGGCCAUCCCACUGUUUUAGAUCCUGAUUCUGAUUUCAAAGUCAUUCCCACUUUUGUUACUGAAAAUAAUGUUAUCAAAAGUCUUACUGGUUCAUAUGCCAAAUUACCUAGUCCAGAGCCAAGCCUGAGUCCUAAAAUGCAUCGAAGGCGUUCUAGACCAUCGUCAGCAUGUCACAUACUCAUAAAUAACCCAGUAAAUGCCUGUGAGUUAAGUCCUAAAGGAAAAGAACAGGCAGUAGACUUAGUCAUUCAAGCUCCCGAUGAAAAAACAAACGUACCCGAAACUGUGCCAAAGUUACCAAUCGAUUUAGCAGGAGUGUGCUCAAGCAAGGUUUAUGUCAGCAAAAAUACAUCAGAAGCCAUCCAGGAAAUGGUUUUAGGUAAACCAAAUCGGGUAUGUCAGUCUUCAGGAAAUCAACUAGAAAAUAAAGUCAUUCAUGGACUUGCUGUCGUGGAAGGUCAGUUAACAUCGGAUGGGGGAGGACCCCACAAAAUGGACAGUACUUGUAGUGCAAUGCCAAGAUUGCACGAGCCAUGUGCCAGUCAGUGUCCAGUGAGUCCAAACUUUGGAAACGUAAGUGGGCUCAAAUCAGCCAGUGUGUUAGCGAAAAGCUCCUGCAAUUUACAAAUGGAACUGAAUAAGUCUUAUGAUGUAAAAAACCCAUCGCCUUUACUGAUGCAAAACCAGAAUCCCAGACAGCAGAUGGACACCCCGAUGCCAUCCUGUGGAAAUGAACCAUUUUUGGAUAACAGUUUUGAGAAAGUUAAACGGAGACUUGAUUUAGAUGUUGAUAGUUUGCAAAAAGAAAACUGCCCUUACGUCAUAACAACUGGAAUAGCUGAACAGGAAAAGCAACAUUUGCCAGAAAAAAGAUUCCCUAAGGGGUCUGUCUACAUCAACAAGAAUAAAAUGUUAGAAAGGAGUUUCAAAGAAGGCGAGGAGAUAUUAAAAAGCAAGAUGUUAGCUUUUGAAGAAAUGCGGAAGAGACUAGAAGAACAGCACGCCCAGCAGUUAUCGUUACUCAUAGCUGAGCAGGAAAGAGAACAGGAAAGAUUGCAAAAGGAAAUAGAAGAACAGGAGAAAAUGUUAAAAGAGAAGAAGGUGAUUACAGCAGAAGCUUCUGAACUGGACAUUAACAAUGCGGUCGAGUUAGAAUGGAGAAAAAUAAAUGACUCUGGUUUGCUAGAAACAAUGCUGUCUCAAGUGGACUCACUUCAUACUUCAAAUUCAAAUAGUUCUGGGUUCACAAAUUCUGCCCUGCAACACAGCUUCGGUUCUGCAAGUGAAGCACCAUUCUACCUCUGGGGGUCGUCAACAAGUGGCUUGACCAAACUCUCAGUAACAAGGCCUUUUGGAAGGGCCAAACCCAAAUGGUCUCAGGGUUUCAGUCCAGAAGUACAAGCAAAGUGUAACAAAAUCACUGCGGUGGCAAAAGGAUUUCUUACUCGUCGGCUCAUGCAGACAGAUAAGCUGAAGCAACUCCGACAAACUGUAAAAGAUACUAUGGAAUUCAUAAGAAGUUUCCAGUCAGAAGCACCAUUAAAGAGAGGAGUUGUUUCAGCACAAGAUGCUUCUCUUCAGGAAAGAGUGUUAGCUCAGUUGCGAGCUGCCCUGUAUGGUAUUCAUGACAUAUUCUUUGUAAUGGAUGCGGCUGAAAGGAUGUCUAUUCUACAUCAUGAUCGAGAAGUUCGCAAAGAGAAAAUGCUCAGGCAAAUGGAUAAAAUGAAAAGUCCACGAGUGGCUCUUUCAGCUGCAACACAGAAGUCUCUUGAUAGGAAGAAGUACAUGAAAGCUGCUGAAAUGGGAAUGCCAAGUAAGAAAUUUCUGGUUAAACAAAAUCCUUCUGAAACAAGAAUCCUUCAGCCAAACCAAGGACAGAAUGCACCUGUUCAUAGGCUACUUAGUAGGCAAGGAACCCCUAAGACAUCAGUGAAGGGGGUUGUGCAAAAUAGACAGAAGUCUUCACAGAGCAGAGUGCCUAGCAGAGCGCCUGUUUCAGGAGUAUAUGCAGGAAAAAUCCAAAGAAAGCGGCCAAAUGUUGCGACAAUUUAAGAAGACAACAUUCAUUAGGAUAAAAAAAGCGGGGAGAGUUAUCAUCCGUAUUAUUUUCCCUGCCCAAGACUUUUUAUUUAACCCUGGACUCUCUUUACACAGGCCAAGUGACAUCAAAGGGCUGAGCCAAGUAUCUGGAUAAUGUGGUCAGUCUGGCUAAUUCCUUCCCCACACCCCCAUUUUCCUCUUAAUAUUAGGUUUGGGUGAAGACAAAUUAGUAUUUAGUAACUGACUCAUUUCUGUGCUUAACCUGUACAAACGUAAGUUUGUUUUCUGUACCCAAAUGUCUGCCAAGAACCUUUUUGUAAAGGAUAUUUGGGUUUAUUUCUAUAAAAUAUUGAAAAGGUGUGAUAAAUUAUAAAGAAGUUCUGAAAUAUAAAUUUCAUUCAUCUCUGCAUACUGAUUGCUGAAUUUGAUAAAUUACAUACUGUUCUAUUCAAGGGGACAUUAUUGCAGAUUUUGUAACUUUAAAAACUCUGAUUAAUCUCUCAGUCUUCAUAUUCUUGGACUUACAGUAUAAACAUAAGGGUUAUAGGAUAGACCCUUGCCUGCUGAUUGUAGUCCACCUAAAAUUUACCACAGAAGUGGCUGGGGGUCACUACUUGGGUCCCAAGUCCACAUUCCUCUCAACAACACGUCUUACAGAAAUGUUAGUUUAAUGU